GCUAUUUAUCACGACCACUCAUCUUUGCUUGUAAACAUUGCAUUGAUCUCAUCCAAAAUUAAGAUCGUUGACUUUAACGUUGUCUACCUCUUUUGAGUGAAAUAAAGGGACAAAAGGCCAAAACGUUUGGUUGGUCAUUUUUAUUCUAUGUUGUUUGGGCAAAUUGCAAGUUUGUAGAUCCAUUCAAAGUCCACGGUUUCAUACUUUUCUGAUAUAUCAGGAAUAGAUUGGUUUCUCAUUUUAACGUAAGGAAUUUGCAGCUGCAACUCUAAGUUUGAUGCUUUCUUUCGUGUUGGUUACUGGUUGAUGUCAAAUGGGUACUCUGUUUUAUGCGAAAUUAGAAACACAACAGAAAUACUUGUGAGGUCUUCAAGUCCAGAAUCUGAAACCUUUGGUUUAUCUCACUCAUGGGUUCAGCCAUUUGGUCACUUUUGCUAGUUGUUUUUAUUCAAAUCUAUAUCAUAGCAGCUACUACUGAUCCUGGUGAUUCUGCUGCUCUAAAAUCUCUCAUGGAUGAGUGGGAAAAAGCACCUCCCAGUUGGGUGGGCGGGGACCCUUGUGGUGAUAGCUGGGUUGGAAUUGGUUGCACUGAUUCACGUGUGACCUCAAUAACAUUGCCAAACAUGAACUUAGUAGGACGGCUGUCAGGAGACAUUUCGACCUUAUCUGAAUUACAGCAAGUGGAUCUAUCCUACAACAAUGGUCUCACAGGAUCUCUUCCAACAUCGAUUGGGAAUUUAAAGAAGCUAACAAACUUAAUCUUGGUUGGUUGUGGUUUCAAUGGUCCAAUUCCCGAUGCAAUAGGAUCUCUAUCGCAGCUGAGGUUCCUAUCCCUAAAUUCUAAUGGCUUCACUGGACGUAUUCCACCAUCCAUUGGUAAUCUAUCAAAUCUUUAUUGGUUAGAUCUGGCUGACAACCAGCUAGAGGGACCAAUUCCAGUUUCAAGUGGAUCUACACCAGGGCUUGACAUGUUGAUUAAUACCAAACACUUCCAUUUCGGGAAGAAUAAACUCUCUGACCAAAUUCCAGCUCAACUUUUCAGCUCAUCUAUGACUCUUAUACAUGUGCUAUUUGAAAGCAACAAACUUACAGGAAUUCUUCCUUCCACCCUUGGACUUGUGCGAACUCUGGAGGUGGUACGCUUUGACAACAAUUCACUAAAUGGGCGUCUUCCAUUGAAUCUCAACAAUCUUACAAGUGUUCAUGAUCUGUUUUUGUCCAACAAUAAACUGACUGGCCCUCUGCCUAACCUUACUCAAAUGAACAGUUUGAACACUUUAUACUUGAGUAAUAAUAGUUUUGACUCAGCAGACGUUCCUUCGUGGUUUCCAGCCUUGCCAGCCUUGACAACAUUAAUGAUGGAAAAUACACAACUUCGAGGUCAAAUUCCUGCCAUAUUCUUUGAGCUUCCAAAUUUGCAGACUGUGGUACUAAAAGGCAACCAACUUAAUGGUACCUUGGAUAUCGGGCAAAGCUUUAGCAACCAACUGCAAAUCAUAGAUUUGCAGAACAAUCUUAUUACUGAUUUCAAUAACAGUGUCAGACCAUACAACUUUGACAUAAUACUUGUGGGUAAUCCAGUAUGUGACGAGACAGGAACAACAAGAAGUUACUGCAAUCUUCCCCCAUCAAAUUCCUCGCCUUUGUAUUCAACCCCUUCACAGAACUGUCUGCCUGUUCCAUGCAGUUCCGGUCAAAUUUCCAGCCCCUUAUGCAGAUGUGCAUAUCCAUAUACAGGAACACUAAACUUCAGAGGCCUUUUAUUCUCAGCCUUUGGAAACUCUACUCCAUAUCAAAUACUAGAGCAAUCUUUGAUGCAUUUCUUCCAGUCCCAUCAACUUCCUGUGGAUUCUGUUUCGCUAAGUGAUCCAAGAAUGGAUCCAAAUGAAUAUUUUCUAUUGAACCUUCAUGCAUUUCCAUACGGCCAAGAGAGUUUCAAUAGAACCGGAAUUUCUAUGAUUGCAUUUGUAUUUAGCAACCAGACUUUCAAGCCUCCUGAUCAGUUGUUUGGACCUUAUUUUUUUCGUGGUGAUAAAUAUGAGCACUUUUCUGAUGACCCUGCCAACUCAAAAAAAUCUAGCAUUGCCAUCAAAAUAGGAGCAGCAGCCGGUGCUUCAGUGCUGUUUUUACUAUUAGUGCUUGCUGGGAUUUAUGCUUAUCGUCAGAAGAAGAGAGCAGAAAGAGCAACCAAAGAGAGCAAUCCUUUUGCACACUGGGAUCCUAAGAAGAGCAGUGGUAGCAUACCUCAGUUAAAAGGAGCAAGAUGCUUCUCUUUUGAAGAGCUUAAGAAAUACGCUAACAAUUUUUCAGAAGCCAAUGAUAUUGGAUCAGGGGGUUAUGGAAAGGUUUACAGAGGAACUCUACCCACAGGGGAACUUAUUGCCAUAAAACGAGCUCAACAAGGAUCUAUGCAGGGUGGGCUCGAAUUCAAAACAGAAAUUGAGCUUCUAUCAAGAGUUCAUCAUAAAAAUGUUGUCAGUCUAUUGGGAUUUUGCUUCGAACGAGGUGAACAAAUGCUAAUAUAUGAGUAUGUUCCUAAUGGCUCUCUAAGUGACAGCCUGUCAGGGAAGUCGGGAAUCCGAAUGGACUGGACCAGGCGACUUAAAAUAGCCCUUGGUGCAGCUAGAGGUCUGGCAUAUCUUCACGAGCUUGCAAAUCCUCCCAUCAUUCAUAGGGACAUCAAGUCCACUAACAUCUUAUUAGACGAACGCUUAAAUGCUAAAGUUGCUGAUUUUGGUCUCUCCAAACCUAUGGGUGACAGUGAAAAGGGUCAUGUUACCACUCAAGUUAAAGGUACAAUGGGUUAUUUGGAUCCUGAAUAUUAUAUGACCCAGCAGUUGACUGAGAAGAGUGAUGUUUAUAGCUUUGGAGUGCUGAUGUUGGAGAUAGUAACUGCAAGAAGACCAAUAGAGCGAGGGAAAUAUAUUGUAAGAGAGGUGAGAAUGGCAAUGGAUAAAACGAAAAGUUUAUAUAAUCUCCAGGAGAUUCUUGACGCAUCCAUGGGCUUCGCUGCAACACCCAAAGGCUUGGAAAAGUUUGUGGACCUAGCAAUGAGUUGUGUAGAAGAAUCAGGGGCUAACAGGCCUACAAUGGGUGAAGUGGUAAAAGAGAUUGAAAACAUUAUGCAGCUCGCUGGCAUGAAUCCCAAUGCUGAAUCAGCAUCUAGUUCAGCAACUUAUGAGGAAGCAACUAAGGGAGGUUCUCUCCAUCCAUACGGUGAUGACUCCUUUGCUUAUAGUGGGGUCUUCCCAGCCUCCAAGAUAGAGCCCCAGUGAGAGUCAUUUGGCUACUUUUCUUUUUCUUCUUAUUAUUAUUUGUUUUAUACGAGCAAUGAAGUUGGUGAGACAGCUGCUUGUGUUUUCAGCCUUGGUGACUGUCAACUUAUGUCGGAUCUUUUUGUUGUUUGUUGCACAUUAUGAUGAAACUGUCAUUAGAAUGAAUUCUUUAUAUGUUAAAAAUAGGUCAAUAGAAGAAUUGAUUGCAAAGACGCAAAAUGCUAUAGCAUAUUAUUACA